UUUAAUUUUGCCAUGUCCUUUUCUCUUUUAUAGGUCAUAAAGAUGGGUUUGGAGGAGAAUGUUUUUGUGGGCACUUCUGUUGUCGACAUGUAUUGCAAAUGUGGGAGAGUAGGGAUGGCAAGGAGAGCAUUUGACCGCAUGAAGGAGAAGAAUGUGAAAUCAUGGACUGCUAUGGUUGCUGGUUAUGGCAUGCAUGGAUGUGCCAGAGAAGCUUUGGAAGUCUUCUAUGAGAUGAUUAGCGCCAGGGUCAUACCUAAUUAUAUAACUUUUGUGUCUGUUCUAGCAGCUUGUAGCCAUGCUGGUCUAUUGGAUGAAGGCUGGCAUUGGUUUAGAACCAUGGAACACAAAUUUGGUAUAGAGCCCGGGGUGGAGCAUUAUGGGUGCAUGAUCGAUCUGCUUGGGCGUGCUGGAUUUCUUAAGGAGGCUUAUGAUUUGAUCAAAGAAAUGAAGGUGAGACCUGAUUUUGUGGUUUGGGGUUCUCUUCUUGCUGCAUGUAGAAUCCACAAGAACGUGGAGCUUGCAGAGAUUUCUGCGAGGAAAUUGUUUCAAAUAGACUCAAGUAAUUGUGGGUACUAUGUCUUGCUUUCUAACAUAUAUGCUGAUGUUGGAAGGUGGAAAGAUGUGGAAAGGAUGAGAAUAUUAAUGAAGAAUCAUGGACUGGUUAAACCACCUGGGUUCAGUUUGGUUGAAGUUAAAGGUGGGGUUCAUGUAUUUUUGGUUGGAGAUAGAGAGCAUCCUCAGCAUGAGAAGAUAUACAAAUACUUGGAAGAAUUAACUCUGAAGAUGCAGGAAAUUGGUUAUGUUCCCAAUAUGACAUCAGUUCUUCAUGAUGUUGAUGAGGAAGAGAAGGAAAUGACACUGCGAGUUCAUAGUGAAAAGUUGGCUGUUGCCUUUGGAAUAAUGAGUACAGUUCCUGGCACAACGGUUCAGAUCAUUAAGAACCUCAGGGUUUGUAGUGACUGUCACACUGCUAUUAGGUUGAUUUCCAAGAUUGUUAACCAUGAAAUUGUAGUCAGAGAUUCAAAACGAUUUCACCAUUUUAGGGAUGGGAUAUGUUCCUGUAGGGAUUAUUGGUGAUAUUUGAACAAGAAUAGGAUAAUUUAUGCAAAUGUUUAACUGCAAACUGUUGAUCAUUCUUGACCUCUUCAACAGAAUUGUUGACAGGGAACUGUUUUGAA